GCCGAGGCGGGAUACGCACGGCGCCGGCGGCAGGCCCCGCCCCGUCGCAAGAUGGCGGAGCUGGACCUGCUCGGGUCAAUCCUCAGCACCAUGGAGCGCCCACCCGCGGCGGUGGACGCCGAGGCCCGGCGGCGGGCGCGGGAACAAGCCGCACGCGUGAAGAAGCUGCAGGAACAGGAGAAGCGCCAGAAAGUCGAGUUCAGGAAGAGGAUGGAGCAGGAGGUGUCCCAGUUCAUCCAGGCCACCGGGGAGCCGCGGCGCCGCUUCCAACCCAUGAACAAGAUCGAGAGGAGCAUCCUGCACGACGUGGCGGAGGUGGCCGGACUCACAUCCUUCUCCUUCGGGGACGACGAGGACAGUCGCUACGUCAUGGUCUUCAAGAAGGAGUUCGCACCAUCGGACGAGGAGCUCGAGGCCUACCGGCGGGGGGAGGAAUGGGACCCGGCACGGGCCGAGGAGCGGCGGCGCCUACGGGAACUUGCAGCUCAGCAGGAGGAGGAGGAGCUUGAGCGUGGCCCUGCCCCCCCGGGGCCACCUACCGAUUACAAGGACAAAUACAGGCACCUGAUUGGCUGCGAGGCCGCCAAAGCCGCCGCCCGCACCAUGGAGGCCAAUAAGGCCUAUGGCUGUGUGCCAGUGGCCAACAAGCGGGACACGCGCUCCAUCGAGGAGGCCAUGAACGAGAUCCGGGCCAAGAAGCGGCUGCGGCGGGGGGGGGACGAGGGGGGCGCGGGGGGGGCCCCGCUGUGACUGGGGGGGGGGUAUGAUAAAGGU